UGACCGGAAGUUGCAGCUGCCGUGUUUAGUCGCUUUGUUGUAAUUCCUGCAGAUUUUAGUAGAUGCAAUUAUGGAACCGAGCUGGAGUACGUUCUUAUUCCAACAGGCCAACGAGGCUCUGCACCACCAGCAUCACGCUGUUGGAAACGGCCUUCUCCCCCUCCUCAACUCUGAGCCUACUGAUCAGAAACCAGUUCUGCCUAUCCUCAUGGAACAGAAGCCCCAGGUCAGUGCUACAGAACUCCUCAAGGACAAUGUUGCUAAUGGGAUCGGUGGUGGAGGUUUGGCUCAAAUCGCCAUCGUCAAGAAAGAGCCCAAAACAAAGACACCCUUUAUCUGCGGCUACUGCAACAAGGCCUUUAGGGACAGCUAUCAUUUGCGGCGGCAUGAGUCUUGCCACACCGGUAUUAAGAUGGUGUCCAGGCCUAAGAAAAGCCCCACAGCUCCUACUAUGGUGCCUCUUAUCUCCACUGUAUCACGACAGAACAGUAGCCACUCGUACAUCUCCACGGUGGCUGGCAUCCUGACCACCGCCACCACCUCCACAGGGACGGGCGCCGUGGCCCCCAUGCAGCACCAGCACCAGCACGGCGUCGCCAAGAAGCCCCCGAAGCCCGUCAAGAAGAACCACGGCUGCGACAUGUGUGGGAAAGCUUUCCGUGACGUCUACCACCUGAACCGCCACAAGCUGUCGCACUCUGACGAGAAGCCGUUCGAGUGCCCCAUCUGCCAGCAGAGGUUUAAGAGAAAGGACCGCAUGACCUGUCAUGUACGCUCACACAACGGGGCGGUUCACAAGCCCUACAUCUGUUCUGUCUGUGGGAAGGGGUUCUCAAGACCCGACCACCUGAGCUGUCACGUCAAACAUGUCCACUCAUCAGAGAGGCCCUUUAAGUGCCAAGUAACGGCAUGUACUUCAGCCUUUGCCACCAAAGAUCGUCUGCGCUCCCACAUGAUCAGACAUGAGGGCAAAGUCACCUGCAACAUCUGUGGCAAGAUGCUGAGUGCGGCCUACAUCACCAGCCACCUGAAGACCCACGGCCAGGCAGGCUUCAGCAGCACUGCCUGCACUAACAAAGGCGUAACUGACUGGCAGUGGAACAACACAGUGCCACAGAAAGGUGAGUUGACUGUAGGAGAGAUUUUAAAUAACUCGUUCCAAGUCCUAAUUGACAUCUCUCGAACUCAAGAUCCCAACAUUGUGCACAACUCGACCCCUGUGACACCGGUCACCAACCCGUCAACGAUGAACCGCAGCAGUAACAGCAGCUACCCAGUCACUAUCGCUGCACAGAUGAACAUCAGCAAGAGCUCCCCGGGGGGCCACCUGCAGCACCCCGGGGUCACCAUCACGGGGCCCAUCAGCCUGGCGGCCGUCAGCCUCCCAGCCGCUGCCCACAUGAACCUGGCCCACCCACUGGCCAUGAACCUCUCGGGCCCGCUGAACAUGGCCAUGAGGCCCAUGGACAACAUGUCCUUCCUCUCCCAGGUGCUGCCUUCCUGCCCUCCUUGGUAACGUUGGGUUCCUGUUUCAGGUGAUGUCUGGGACAAGACGCUGUCGAACGGAAAACCGUUUGCUUUAGUUCUUUUGCCUUUUUGAUUUGUUAGCCACCCCACUUUGUCCCGGGCAUAAGGUACGAAUCAGAGUGUCCCCAUGCGACUUUAGCGUUGAAAAUCCGAAAACAAUUGUGUUGCUAGUGUUGAUUUAAAUGUUUUUAUUUUGUACAGAUGUUUUAUUUCAAUGUUUUAGGUGAUCAGUAUUCAAUAUUUUGUAUGUAUUUUCAACACGACUAGAUGAAAAGGGACGUAGGUUAUCACAUUCAAUGACGCCCGUGUCUCUAAUGCAUUAUAAACAUCUUUAUGAUCUUCUUAUAGCACUAGUUCUAAGUUUCAUGAAUUCAUGAAUAUUGAUAAUGCUUUAUAAAACAUUGUAGUCACGUAUCGUAAUACUUCAUGACUGCUGGUCACUCACUGGCAUUCUUUUGCUGCAAGGAUCAAAGAGUGAGGGUAAAAAUAAUUCUGGUGGUUGCAAUCCAUUGCAUUGUGAAUUAUAAUCACUGUUAUAAUCAAUUAUCGUUUGAUUAUUAGUUACUCUAAGUGGGCAUUGGGUGCUUAAGUAAAUACAAAAUCAUUUAAUUAAAUCUUGGCAAGAACAACACAGAGCGGUGAAAUAUGGAUUUAUUUGGUAAGACUUUUGAUGAUGAACAACUAAAUUAUGGACUUUCACAUAAUGUUUCCCCCCAAAAACACAUGAAAGUAUCUAAAGUCAACUAGACCCAGGUUCUACAUUUAAUAGGAUUGUGUACUUGCCGUAUCCCAGAGUUUUCCAGCGAGUGAGGAUCCCAUUACAACCCAGUCACCUAGCUAAUGUGUAGUUUUAACUUUACAACAACCUUCCACACCAUGACACGGUUGUGUUUUGUAUACAUUUGAUCACGGAUAAAAGCGGCACACUUCUUCUCCAUCAUUGAAUUAGCCACACUGCAUUAGCUACAGCUGUAUGGGUGGUUACUACCUUAAUGGCAAGUUAGCAAGUGAACGCUAUGUCAGCUUACGAUACCCACGACUAGUUCAGUAGAAUGAAAUAACAUAACAUGGAUAAACUUGGCUUGACUGAAAAAUCUUAACGACGUCAUGAACCUCUUUGAGAGACCCCUCAAAGAGUUCAACAUUAUAAUGCAUAAUAAGUGAUUGCAUUAUACAUUGUUUUUAAUGUAUUACAACUACGAGAAUUAUAAAACACCAUGAUCAUGCAAAAACAUUCUGAUGACUUCAAUUAUUAACAUUUUGAUACUUGUCUUGACCUUAUAAGUUAUCAAAUGCUUUAUAAUGUGUUGGGAUGAAAAUGAACUGUUAAUAUGUACAAGUGCUUAUUACUAUGAUUAUACAAUGCUAUAAACCACAGGUAUGUUGAUAAUGCAUUGUAGACGUGGGCGUCAUGGAAAGGGUCCUGAACACAACGUUUUACCUUGUUUGGUUUUUUCAGAAUGAUUAGCUAUGAUAAAGUAAAGCUAGAUAUGACUUGUGAACAGUCAAUUCCAUCCAGAUGGCAGUAUUAUUAACUCCUUUAUGUAGACGGCACCGGCCCAGGGGCGGCACUGCAAACAGGCCCCCAGAGAAGGGCCUGAGGAGUCAUAUGAGUGAUUUUUAAGUUUACCCUUGUGGAUCUCAUAUCACAGGUAUAAGAUGCCAUCGCUGUAGCUCCUAGCUCAGGAAGUAUACUGGUAUUUUUUAUUCUUAUUUAUGAAACCCAGAGGAAAUACCUCACUCAGACAUCUCGACUCCUAAAUUCCUCAAAGAUAAAGCAUUUGUUUACUUUCUCUUUGUUUCUCAGUUUUUGUAGCCACAACGUCAAUCUGGUCAUUAUAUUUUUUCACUGGGUUAUGGAAACGUGAUAAAGAAGGACAAAGGUCCCUUAAGCCAAUACUUCACCCACUUUUACUUCCACAUUACUGGCUGGACAUAGGUAGAGCAGAGCAUUGAGCUGCCAGAAUUUGAACUAGAGACUUGGCUUGGACUGGCCUGCUCUGAGACUGCUCUGAGCAUGGCCUGCUCUGAGACUGGCCUGCUCUUAGACUUGACUGCUAUGAGCAUGGCCUGCUAUGAGACUACUAGGAGCAUGGCCUGCUAUGAGACUACUAGGAGCAUGACCUGCUCUGAGACUGGCCUGCUCUGAGACUGCUCGAAGCAUGACCUGCUCUGAGACUGGCCUGCUCUGAGACUGGCCUGCUCUGAGACUGGCGUGCUAGUGAGACUGGCGUGCUCGUGAGACUGGCGUGCUCGUGAGACUGGCCUGCUCGUGAGACUGGCCUGCUCUGAGACUGGCAAUCAGUGGAGAAUUGAAAGUGAAAAGUUUUUGUAUUGAAUAUUACAACAGCCUGCAAAGAUUAAUCAAUCAAGCAAAAAGCAAACAAUCUAAAAUAAAAUACCCAAUAAAUUCCUCAAUUUAUCACCCAAUUAAUGAAUGAGCACAGUCUCAAGUUAAAGACAUGAGACUUGGACCUAAGGACAUAACUGGCGUUCAUAGAGUUGAAUGUUCCUACCCACAGCUCUGCCGCCCUUCCUUUAUGAAGCCAGGCGACAUCCCAGUGCAACCACUUGGACAUAAUGGUCUAUGCACUUAAGUUCAACUAAAACAAUAAAGUACACAUUCAGACAAUAUUUGAAGGCUCAAUGCAAGUGAAUAGGAGGUGAUAAUGGACUGCUUCGUACCAAACAGGGUUGUGAGAUGUGCUCUUUUGAAUUGAUUUGAUGGUGGGUAUGUGAAUAUUAAGCCAAAUACACAAAGUGGGUGAAAUAUUGCAUAAACUGGCAAUUUUAUCUGUUAAUGCCUAUUCCACUGAUGGCAUACGUGAAUGUUCCUGAAUGUGAGAAUGUCAGCUGGUAUCAGAAUGGAUGCGGAGCACGUGACCCUGUGGCUCACUUCCUGCUGUUCAAAACCUGUGUCCAUGUCUGGACAGACUUGUCCCAUAUAACGUAGAACGCAAACAACGCUGUGCUUGCUUAAGGGAAUCAUUAAUUUAAGGACCAUUAGUUAUAUUGGUGAAAGAGUUGUGUUUUCAUUCUAGAUGUGACCCUAGCUAGUUUUCAGGCACUACACUGUACCUUGGUGUCCCAGGUGAUAAAGCUGUGCCUUUACAAUAAGUAUCCACAUCUCACUCCAACAUGUACUGUGGUGGAGUUGUGUAAAGGGAAACUAAAUUAUUUUAGUUGAAAGUCCACGUUUUGCCUUUUCAAAUGAUUAUCAAAUUUAAAAUACUGGUGUGAUGGAAACCUGUAUUUUCAUCUCAACAGUUACUGUGAAUAUAUUGUUGACAUUCAACCAUAAGUGUCAUUUUAUGUAACUGUAAACAAAGCCUUUCGUCAACCAAAAUAUAAUUUGUACGGUAUUUUAACUAUUUUCAUGAUGAAUUUGGCAGAUAUUGUGAAGGCAAAUGAUUGUAGAUCUUUUUACCAUUUAGUUAAAAAUUGUGUUAGCUAUGUCGACACGCACUAAGAAACAUAUUACCUUUUAUAAAUCUUUUUGUAUUAGGACACUAACAAAGGUCAUUUUUUUGUAUAUAUGAAGAGUAUACUUUCUGAUUAGCAGAAAGGUAAACAUUCCUACAUUCGUUUUUUUUAUGUAAAUCUGUUGAGAAUAAUUAUGUAUGCAUUAUAGCGAUGUUAUGUGCCUUUUAUUUGGAUUCGGCUGAAUAAAAGAAACAAAUGAA